UCCGUCUCCAUUCUCGUCCACCCACACAUUUAAAAGAGGGCAGACACCUUCGCUCCCGUGAUUCCCUUUCAAAUCCCGCACAUCUAAACCAUCAGAGAAUCACUUCAGAGGAGAGGCUUCUGGAAAUUGUUCCUUCCUUUUUACGAUCAUCUGUUCAUCUAUUCAUAUCCGCCGUGUGAACAGAGAGUGUUGAAUCGCGAAAUCCUGAUCUGAUUAGUUCGGUUCGGAAUUCGGUGUGCAGAGUCUGAUCGAAUCGGCGGUGUUGAUGGCGUCGAGUAUGGUGCCGAAUACGGUUACGAACACGGGGAGUAGAGCGGCGGCGAGGAGGAGGAAGAAGAAGAGAAGCCAGGUUCCGAGUGCGCAGAGUCAAGAUGCGAGCAAUAGCAGCUCGGCUGAUGAAUGGAAAUCCGAAGCUCAACAGCAGGUUUACUCUUCGAGGCUUCUCGGAGCGCUGCGAAUGCUCCGGCUAAGUCCGCCUUCUUCGCCGGCGGCGCCGAAGGGCGGGAGAGCGGUGCGAGAAGUGGCGGACAGAGUUUUGGCGGUUACGGCGAAGGGGCGUACCAGGUGGAGCCGCGAGAUCCUCACCAACCGCCUCAAGCUGAAGUUUAUGAAGAAGCACAACAAGAGGCAGAGAGUGGUGGCGGCGGCGGCGGCGAGAGGGAACAGCCGGUUGCCGAAGAAGCCGAGAUUGAGUAUUCUCCGGCUGAAAAUGAAGAAUUUACCGACCGUACAGAGAAAGGCUCGCGUUUUGGGCCGGAUUGUUCCCGGCUGCCGGAAGGAGCCGCUGCCUGUGAUUCUAGAAGAAGCCACUGAUUACAUAGCCGCUCUGGAGAUGCAAGUCCGAGCCAUGAGCGCUCUAGCCGAUCUGCUUUCCGGCGCUUCUUCUUCUAGCUCAGCUCCUCCCACUUGAUGACGCCAUUCAUUUUCCUAUUUUAAUUUUAAUUUUUCUUUUUCUUUUUCUUUUAUCCCUUUUCGUGUCCUAUGAAUAUUCCCUGUUAAAUACAAUUCCUACUGGGUGCAACGUAUAUUUUCAACCGAAAUUAAAUCAGUAAAUAAUAACUAUGAAAUAUUGUGCCUUAGUUGCAAA